AUGGAAGGUGACGGCCACAUCAAGCAGCCCUUCUCUUUGCUGACCAUCACCUUAUUUUUGCUUUGCGAUGAAUCAUUGUCGCUACAUUUCCAAGGAGUUCCAUCUUUUGCUUGGAAGAACAAUUACAAUCUGAUAAAUUGGCACCAGACAAGCGGCCAACUCUGCUUAAGUACUGAAACUACAAUCUGUCCACAGGUUGUGGCUCACGGGCGAGGGAGGAGCACAAAUCAUGGUCUGUACCUGCCUAACUCAAGUUACACAAAUAGACAGGACAAGAAUGGGAAGCUACAUAGAAACAAGUAG